AUGGCCCCGGUAUCGCCGAUUAACCAAGGUUACUCUUUUAUUAUUUUAUUAUAGGUGAACGGAUCGCGUAUCAAAGGAUGGUGGAGAGCCCAUCAUUUUAUUUCAACUGUGUGUGCAGGUGUUUUAUUGGUUUGGCCACAAGGCGAACCAUGGCAACUUUUCAGGACUCAGUUUAUGUACUUCAACGUUUACAUAAGCUUGGUACAAUACAUGCAAUUUGGAUAUCAAAAAGGAGUACUCUACAGACUAAAAGCGCUUGGCGAACGACACGAUAUGGACAUUACAAUUGAAGGCUUUCAUUCAUGGAUGUGGCGUGGACUAAGCUUUCUGAUUCCAUUCCUCUUUAUGGGUUAUAUCUUUCAAGCAUAUAAUGCGUGGACAUUGUAUAAACUUGCAGAGCAUCCCGAUGCAACUUGGCAGAUUCCGGUUCUUAGUGUGCUAUUCCUUAUUUUGUUCAUUGGUAAUACCACAACCACGAUGUUGGUUGUCCCACAAAAAUUGCGAGGACGUAUAAAGGAACGCUACAGAUUGAUGAGCCUAUCGUGGGCUUUGAAAGCACGUCAUCAAAAUAAGGGCGAUAAAACAACGGUUGGCGAAUCUGUUUCAACCAAUGAUUGUGAUAAAUUAAAGGAAAUCUAAGAAUACUAUCAAAAAUUUCCUUGCAUAAAUGAUGUGGUUUAACAGUUUUUUGUUGGGAUUUUAGAACAAAAAUGUACACGCUAAAGAGGUUUAUGUAUGUAUAUUCAAAAUUGACAAAAGGGUAUCUG